CACAGCCGCCCUCAAAGGUCUGUUUACCCCCCAAGUGGAGUCACAGUGGCUGCUGCCCAGAGCACAUAGGAGCCGCCAGUGACUCGAUACAGGCAGCCGGGGCUCAGAAACGCUCUCCCUGGGCAGGAGCUAUGGCAUGGCCACCUCCUCCCUACUGGCUCUGCAUGCUGGGGACCUUGGUAGGGAUCUCAGCUACUCCAGCCCCAAACAGCUGUCCAGACAAGCACUACUGGACCCGGGGAGGACUCUGCUGCCAGAUGUGUGCGCCAGGCACAUUCUUUGUGACGGACUGUGACCGGGACAGAACCGCUGCUCGGUGUGAUCCGUGUAUACCAGGCACCUCCUUCUCUCCAGACUACCAUACCCGGCCCCACUGCGAGAGCUGCAGGCAUUGUAACUCUGGUUUUCUCAUCCGCAACUGCACAGUCACUGCCAAUGCUGAGUGCACCUGUCCCAAGGGCUGGCAGUGCAGGGACCAGGAAUGUACAGAGUGUGACCCUCCUCUAAACCCUGCACUGACCAGCCAGCCAUCUGAGGCCCCGAGCCCACAGCUGCCACCCACCCGCUUACCUCUAGCCACAGGUACAGAGAUGGCAUCUUGGCCCCGACACAGGCAGCUUCCGGACUCAACUGUCUAUAGACACCGGUCAUCCCAAAGACCCCUGUGCAGCUCGGACUGUAUCCGCAUCUUUGUGACCUUCUCCAGCAUGUUUCUUGUCUUCGUCCUGGGUGGAAUCUUGUUCUUCCAUAAAAGAAGAAACCAUGGGCCAAAUGAAGACAGCCAGGCAGUGCCUGAAGAGCCUCGUCCUUACAGCUGCCCCAGGGAGGAGGAGGGCAGUACCAUCCCUAUCCAGGAAGACUACCGGAAACCUGAGCCUGCUUCCUAUCCUUGAUGCAGUGCUGGGUCGGUGGGGCCCUUUCCACUGAGGCACCAUCCAGAGAGACCUGGAUGGUGGCCUGCUCCCCUACCAUGGUCAUCAGAACACUUUCCUGUGAAUACUCGACAAACUACCCUUCUGAGACUGACAGGGACUAGAGCAGGAUCCCAGUGUGGGGUCCAUCAAGCUGGGGAGACUCAGGCUCUAGCUCUAAAACACACUUACUCUAAAGGAAGCCUUCCAGCUGGCAAAGCUACAUGCUGGGGGUAAAAGUGGCUCACCAAGGGCUCCAGAGACGGCUUGGCAGUGAGGAGCACAUAGUAUUUUUCCAGAGAACUAGGGUUUGAUUCCCAGCCCUGUCAGAUGGAUCAAAACCAGCUGUGACUCUAGUUUCAGAGGAUCUGACACCUUUGACCUCCUCUGGCACCUACAAACACAAGACACACAUACACACAUGAUUAAAAAUAAAAUUAAAAAAAAAAUGUGAUGGACCACCCCAGCAGGUGCCCUGGUGCCAGAAGGACAAACUGCCGUGAGAGACACUAUCUACAGACACACAGACCUCCUAGCCUUGGUUCUGUCUUCUCUGUAAGUUGUAACAGUGCUGUGGGGAAGCGGAGACUGAGACUUUCUCUCAGUUGAGCUAAAACUAUAAAUAAAUUCAUUUGUCUACUUCUA